AUGUCGACCGCCAGUGUGACCAUUGAUGCCUACGCCAUCCUGGGAGUUGAGCGAGAUGCCAAACUCCCUGAAAUCAACAUUGCAUACAAGCGCCUUGCCUUGAAGCUUCAUCCAGACAAGGCUGGAAAUGCCGCCGCAACUGUUGAGCGAUUCAGAAAAAUUCAAGACGCUGUUGAGCUUCUCCGUGACGAAGACCGUCGGCACUUGCUUGACGAGGCUCUGAACAAGAAAGCCAAGAGACAUCUAGAUUCCGAGGAUGACGCACGGGCUUGGGCCUAUAAGCGCAGCCAUAAUCGUCCUUCAAAGCGAGAACGCCAUGGAUAUGAUUUUCACUGGCCGGGCUCAUUUACCGAUUCAGCCUCUCAACACAGGUCGAGACAUCAACGCCAGCACAGCUAUAGCUACUACUAUAGUUAUGGUACAAGUGUACACAUGGACCCCGCUUCGGCCGAAUCCAAAGCAAGAUGUGCGCAAUUCCAGGCAGAAAACGUCCAGUGGGAGAAUGAAUGGGCGGGAAUUGAUCCAGAGGUACAGAAGGCACGAACAGAGCUCCGCAGGGAAAACAUGCGGGCUCGAAUGAAGCGUGAACUAGCAGAUUUGGCGAAGGACCAAGACCAAGAUACCAAAUAUGCCGAUGUCGUUGAUCAAGUUGUCGAAGGAGUUUUGGACGAACUCAACUUUGGCCAUAACCACAAGUUCGAAAACCUCUUGCAUGCCCUGCCUGAAGAGAACAUCAAGACCUGCAACCCUGUCGAGACAUUUGAUGAAUUUGCCUAUGAAUACGCCAAAAAGUGCCGAUCCGAUUCCGAGGGUCCAGCAUACUCUGAUUGCGCUUCAAGUCCUCCGUCUGCUGCUAGUAACGAUUUGUCCUUUGGCUUUUCGACAGGUAGCAACCUCACCGACUACACUCACCCAGCCAACGACUGCUCAAAUUUCCGGUCCACCACCGUUGAAGAUUACGAAUCUACCACUGAAGAUUCUAACUCUGAAGCUGACAAACUGAUCAACUCCUACAUGGUGGGCCAUGAUUCAUUGCUCCCUCUAGUCUCAUUCCUGAAGCAAAAGCUUGCCGACCCCCACGGACGCUACACCCUCAAUGAUCUCGGUGGCGAGCUAAAUGGCAUUAUGCUGGAAACAUAUUGUGGCUGGUUGGAAGAAGUUCGUCUUUGUGUCCCGAAUGUCUCGCCUAUUACAGUUCGAAAUGAUCCCAAGCUUUGCUCCCACCUUGGCUUAUGGUACAAGGAUUUCUGUCGUCCCGUGUGCAAUGUUUGCAACAUGUGGAUGCCAUCAUUCCUCCUAACCUGUCCUGGCUGUGGCAUGAAGGCCUGUGUCAGAUGUAAGUUCACGGGUAAUCGUGACUCUCUCUUGAGAUCUGUUGUGCAGGAGCAGUGA